CUUGUAGAUUUUCAGUGGAAACUGGGGAUGGCAGUGAGCUCAGACAGUUGCAGAUCUCUCAAGUAUCCUUACGUGGCAGUGUUGCUGAAGGUGAUGGAUCAUUCAGGCCAAGUGAAGAACAAGUCCUUUGAAAUGACAAUUCCACAGUUUCAGAAUUUCUACAGACAGUUCAAGGAAAUUGCUGCAGUUAUUGAAACUGUGUGAAAACUGAUUACUUGGUUGAUAAGUUGUGGCCAUCAUUCUAAAAUCAUGGACUUCACUUUCUGUAACAAACUGUAUAUGGAUCCAGUGAUAUUUAUUGACUGAAAAUUAUACUUUUGUUUUUCUAUUUUUUAAUAAUAAAAAAUCACACAAACAAGAA